AUGUCCCAACCAUUAAGCGAAGAGGUUCUUCAGAGGAUUGCAGAAAACAAAGCAAAAGCAUUAGCUAAAUUAGCAGCAAAACGAAAACUUGAGCAAACUACGGAAACUUCCGAUGCUACCGACUCCAACAAAGCUAGCAAUGACGAAGAUUCCCGACCUUCCAAGCGUAGAGCUCGUUGGUCGAAGCCAAUCUUUGAAUACGACCUCAGUCAAAUGGUGGAUACCAGAGGAGGUUUUCUCGCUGAGGACGAUGAAAGCGAAGAUGACAAAAAGAAGAAGUUCGAUGAGAAAACCCAUGUUGUCGAGCUCAACCCUCCUCGGUCUAUCGACCCAAGCCAAAACCCAAAGUGUGUAGAAUGCAAUUCGCUAGAUAUCGACCCUCACUUCAAUCAAAUCUUCAAAAUCAAUAUCUGCGGUGCUUGCAAAGAAAAGUACCCUGACAAGUAUAGUCUGAUCACAAAAACGGAGGCAAAGGAGGACUACCUCUUGACUGAUCCUGAAUUGCGUGACCAGGAUUUACUGCCACAUUGGUCGAAACCGAAUCCUAGAAAAUCGACAUGGAAUAACAUGAUGCUUUAUGUUCGAUAUAUGGUUGAAGAGUAUGCAUUCGAAAAAUGGGGUGGGUCAGAUGCGUUAGACGCUGAGUACGAGAAAAGAGAGCAGCAGAAAAAGGAAAAGAAGGACAAGCAAUUUAAAGAGAAGCUCAAAGCUCAUGCUUUUGAGUUCAAUGUAGAUUUACGAAGGCGAACCAUGACCAGUACCUGGGAGAAGCGGAGAGACAAAGCUCACGAGCAUGAGUACGGAGACCCAGUUCAGGAUCCAGACACUGGAAAUUCUAUACAAACGUGUCAAAUAUGUGGUAUUGAGGUUGAAACAGAAGUGUUUUAAUUAUGAAGAAGUAGAAGCGAUGAGAUGUAGUUGUGUAAAUAUUGUACAAUGGUUGAUAUCUAGCAUAUAAUAGUAGAUUUAUGAAAUCUCGCCUCCCCAUAAAAAGCAGAUGUUUAUGACACUAUCAUUUUUCGUCUAUAAAUCUCCAAAGGAACAAUCUGAAG